AUGAGCACCAAUAUGGACCUCCUCGGUCUUGACGGUCUGGAGGGUUUAUACAAAGAUACGCUACCUGUGGUCUCGAUCUCAGCAUCGCAGUCGCUCAACGCGUCGGCCGCCGGACGCGACUCCAUCGCGACGGGACUCCCGCACCUGGAUGACGCCUUGGCCAUUGACCAGCAGCCAGGCGGUAUUCUGCGGGGACAUGUUACAGAAAUAUUCGGACCCCCAGGAGUCGGAAAAACCGCGUUGGCGUUGAAUAUUGCCCGCAAUGCGCUGUGCGAUGGCAAGGUAGUCUGGAUUGAUACUGGGUUUCCCUUGCCCAGUCCACGGCUUCAGGCCAUGUCUGCCAAUGUCAAGGACUUCAUUCAUUUCAAAGCGGAUACCCUGGCACACCUUGUUGCCCUGUUGAUGCGACCACCCACAGGGUUUCCACCGCCGGAAACUAAUUUAAUUGUUGUUGACUCUGUAUCGAAUCUCUUUCCGUCUCAUUUUCCAAGCGCAACAGAGGUCAAGGAAGAGUUUGCCGAUGGGAAGCUUGUCGACAAAGCCCAUCUCCAAUGGCUUCUUGGCCGCAAACAAAAUGUCUCCAAUGAUUUGGGUACGCAUCUAGCGCGACUGGCUGCGAGAAAUAUUGCCGUAGUGGCUAUCAACCAGACACAAACAAAAAUAAAGGAAGAACGGGAGGCCACAUUGUUACCGGUUCUCGCAGGUGGAGCAUGGGAGAAGAACGUUCAGACGCGCCUUGCGGUCUACCGGGCCCUACCAGAUGAUAGGGUCGUGGAGAUCGAGAAGCUUUCAGGAAAGCCUUUAUCCGAGCCGCAUGAGCUCGCCGUUGCUUUCUACAUUAAUUCGAAUGGUGUUCGUGAGAAAGAGUCUCACGAUACUGCCCCUACGAUACUCCCAGAAAAGUCUCCUGAGUUUGAGUACUAUGACCCCCCUACACCAACCCCUUCGCCUUUGUCUUCAAUAUUGUCAUCACCGCCACCAUCCCCGGAACUCAAGUCUCCUAAGUUUGAUACGCCAGAUCUGGAAUCACCAGUUAAAGAUCCACCCAUUCAAAAGCCUCCCAGCGACGACUCUCCUGAUUUGCCGAAACCAAAUCAUGCAUCACCACCGCAGGCUGUUCACACUCCAAGCAAGAAACGCAAGAUGGAAGAGGUAGCCGACAGCCAAGACGAGGACUCAGAGGAAGAGGCCCCCUGGACAGACGAAGCAACACUAAACACGAAUCUCCCAUGA